GGGAUUAUUUGAGCACAUCUCUGAUUUGAUACAUGUGACAGCUUGGUGACGUACGCACACGAUAGAUAUCCCCAAGUCGCGCGGAUAUUUCGUGGGGCUGAGUCGUGUGGCGUAUCGGAGCUUGGGCUCUCUCCGACGUUGGCACUUGCAGCAGCUACGCAACCCGCAAGCAACAACCCCAGAUCUCAGACACUCUCGCCUUCAGCGCCCUUGAUACCACAAACACCCAAAACCGCUUCUACACACAACCACUGAAGGCAUCCGCAUCACUUCGACCCACACUUCGCCGACCAUGGCGACAAACCCAAAUGCCAUCAACGUGAACGACCCGGGCCUGAUUACUCUCGUAAACAAGCUCCAGGAUGUCUUCACUACAGUCGGAGUCCAAAACCCCAUAGACUUGCCCCAGAUUGCCGUUGUAGGAUCGCAGUCUAGUGGAAAGAGUUCGGUGCUCGAGAACAUUGUUGGACGAGACUUCCUGCCCCGAGGAACCGGUAUCGUCACCCGAAGACCGCUCAUUCUCCAGCUCAUCAACCGCGCAUCCUCGCAAGCGAACGGCACCACCGAGGGAGCAAAGACAACAGACCAGGAGAACAAUGUUGACGAGUGGGGCGAGUUCCUGCACAUUCCUGGCCAGAAGUUCCACGACUUUGGCAAGAUCAGGGACGAGAUUGUGAGAGAGACGGAGUCCAAGACGGGUCGCAAUGCGGGUAUCUCACCGGCGCCCAUCAACUUGAGGAUAUACUCGCCAAACGUCCUCACACUUACGCUGGUCGACUUGCCAGGUCUAACAAAGGUGCCUGUUGGAGACCAACCGAGGGAUAUUGAGCGCCAGAUCAGAGAGAUGGUCCUCAAGCAAAUCAGCAAGCCCAACGCAAUCAUCCUGGCUGUCACUGCUGCCAACACCGAUUUAGCCAACUCGGAUGGUCUCAAGCUGGCGCGCGAGGUGGACCCAGAAGGACAACGGACUAUCGGUGUCUUGACCAAGGUCGACUUGAUGGACGAGGGCACCGACGUCGUGGACAUUCUCGCCGGUCGCAUCAUUCCGCUGAGGUUGGGCUACGUACCAGUCGUCAAUCGAGGACAGAGGGAUAUUGAGAACAAGAAGGCCAUCUCGUACGCGCUCGAGCACGAAAGGCAAUACUUUGAGAACCACAAGGCAUACCGUAACAAGGCGGCGUACUGUGGUACACCCUACCUAGCGCGCAAGCUGAACUUGAUCCUUAUGAUGCACAUCAAACAAACGCUCCCCGAUAUCAAGGCCCGCAUCGCUUCCUCACUACAAAAGUACCAGGCAGAACUUGCUUCGCUAGGCAACUCCAUGCUCGGCAACAGCUCCAACAUUGUCUUGAACAUGAUCACGGAGUUCACCAACGAAUACAGAGGAGUCUUGGAGGGCAACAACCAAGAGCUUUCUGCAGUAGAGCUGUCUGGCGGUGCUCGUAUCUCUUUCGUCUACCACGAACUUUAUGCCAAUGGUGUCAAGGCCGUUGAUCCUUUCGACCAGGUCAAAGACAUGGACAUUAGGACGGUUCUCUACAACUCCUCCGGUUCAUCGCCAGCGCUGUUCGUCGGUACUACUGCUUUCGAGCUCAUUGUCAAGCAACAGAUUAAGCGAUUAGAGGAACCCAGCUUGAAGUGUGUCAGCCUCGUCUACGACGAGUUGAUUCGAAUUCUCAGCCAGCUCCUCAACAAGAACGCUUUCCGAAGAUACCCGGGCUUGAAGGAGAAGCUACACCAGGUCGUCGUCAGCUUUUUCAAAAAGGCGAUGGAGCCCACCAACAAGCUCGUAAGGGAUCUUGUUGCCAUGGAGUCCGUCUAUAUCAACACUGGUCACCCUGACUUCAUCAAUGGUUCACGCGCCAUGGCCAUCGUACACGAGCGACACAACAGCAGCCGGCCUCAACAAGUGGAUCCCAAGACUGGAAAGCCUCUUCCACCUAGCGUGCCGCCGCGGUCGAUAUCUCCCUCACUUGAUCCUAACGAGGGUGGUGGCUUCUUUGGUUCCUUCUUCGCCAGCAAGAACAAGAAGAAGAUGGCGGCUAUGGAGCCACCACCACCCACGCUCAAGGCCUCCGGUACCCUCUCAGAGAAGGAGUCGCAAGAAGUCGAAGUUAUUAAACUACUGAUCACCUCCUACUUCAACAUUGUUCGUCGGACAAUGAUCGACAUGGUACCUAAAGCCAUCAUGUUGAACCUCGUUCAAUGGACCAAGGAAAAUAUGCAGGGCGAGCUUCUCACCAACAUGUACAAGACCGACGAACUCGAUGAGCUACUAAAGGAGUCAGAGUACACUGUCAAGAGGCGGAAGGAUUGCCAGCAGAUGGUGGAGAGCCUUUCCAAGGCACAAGAGAUUGUCAACCAAGUGCAGUAGAUGGAUGCGUGUCUGGGAGGAUCUUGCGGCUAGACUUCCAAGGUUGUGUUCUCUGGGUCUGGCAUCCUGCCAUGACGGGCAAGGUGUUUUGGGUGCAGCUUGCUAGGUUUCUGUCUUGAGCCUGUUCAUAUUACAGUUGAUGCAUGCAAUGUAUGUCAGCCAUUGAGAUGUGUGAUCGCUCUGUACUCGCUGUGAUGCUACGAGCCAUGGCGACUGCGCGGGCGUGGCAGUCGGGCUGCAUGCGGAGCGCGCACGGACCACCGAGCAUCUCGAAAAGUCGCAAUGCACUCGAAGGCCCGC